GGGCCCGCCGGCCACGCCCCCGGGUGCUCCCCGCGGCUGGGCGCCUCUGGGGGAGAGACCAUGGGGAAACUGGUGGCGCUGACGCUGCUCGGGGCCGCGCUGGCCCUCCUCGGGGAGAGGUUUGUGGCAUUUAGACAAAGAACUAAUGCAUCUCGAGAAGUGGAGCCAGUAGAACCCCAGCAUUGCCACCUUAUUGAGGGACUUGAAAAUGGCUCUGAAGAUAUUGACAUCCUGCCUAAUGGGCUGGCUUUUAUCUCCACAGGAUUAAAAUAUCCCGGCAUGCCAAACUUUGCUCCGGAUGAGCCAGGACAGAUCUUCCUGAUGGAUCUGAAUGAGCAAAGCCCAAGGGUCCAGGCACUAAACAUCAGUGAUGGUUUUGACAAAGAAUCAUUUAAUCCACAUGGAAUCAGUACUUUCACCGACAAAGACCAUAAUGUGUAUCUUUACGUUGUGAAUCAUCCCCACAUGAAGUCCACUGUGGAGAUAUUUAAAUUUGAGGAACAACAGCAUUCACUGGUACAUCUGAAAACCAUAAAACAUGAACUUCUCAAGAGUGUGAAUGACAUUGUGGUGCUAGGACCAGAGCAGUUCUAUGCCACCAGAGACCACUAUUUUACCAACUUCUUCUUGGGAUUCUUAGAGGUGGUGAUGGAUCUUCGCUGGACCUACGUGCUUUUCUACAGUCCAGGAGAGGUCAAAGUGGUGGCUGAAGGAUUUAGUUCAGCCAAUGGGAUCACAGUCUCACAAGACAAAAAGUAUAUCUAUGUAGCUGAUGUACUGGCUAAGAACAUUCAUAUAAUGAAGAUACACGAUAACUGGGAUUUAACUCAACUGAAGGUAAUCCAGUUGGGCACCUUACCAGACAACCUAAGUGUUGAUCCCGACACUGGAGAUAUUUUGGCAGGAUGCCAUCCCAAUGCCGUGAAGCUGCUGAUCUAUAACCCUGAGGAUCCUCCAGGGUCGGAAGUACUUCGCAUCCAGGAUGUUUUGUCUGAGAAGCCCAGGAUAAGCACUGAGUAUGCCAAUAAUGGUUUUGUGCUGCAGGGCAGCUCUGUGGCUUCUGCAUACCACAGGCAACUUCUCAUAGGCACUGUAUUUCACAAAGCUCUGUACUGUGUGCUCUGACUACAGGUAUCCCAAUAAGUCUACAUGUUUGGUAAAAAUGAACCCCUAAUUAUGUGAUAAGUGAAACUGUAAGUACAUGACAAACACCAACCUUGGUAACUGUGGCAAAAUUACCUCCUGCAGUCCAGACCAGGAGAAAAGCUAAUGUUCAAAUAUUUACCAUUCUCCUUGUCCUCUAAUAGUGCAAGGCACAAACUGCCAGUCAAAUGCCCAGCCCACAGAUAAAAGCAAGAAUUGGUACCAUGAGACUGCUCAAAGCCCCCUGAAAUUUGCAUUCUCCUCAGUACAGACAUGAAGGAAACUAGGUUCUGGAAAAUCUUACAGAGAAAGGCCUCAUUAGCUACUUUAGGGCAUGGUAGGGCUGAUCUGUUUCUCUGAAAUAGGUGUUUCUUUAUUUAUGGCGAUAUCUAUCUCUGAAGUAUGGUAAAGCUUGGCCCUGAACCAUAAGAUGGAACCUCAGGGUUCUUAACCUCCAACUGCUUUAAACUUGCUUUUUUUGCUUAAUUCAAUAAAUAGUUGUUAAGCAUUGUCCCAUAGACAUGACCCUAAGGAGUCAGAAGUAAAUAACACAGUUCUGGCUUGAAGUCCUGUCUUAAGGACCACUUCAACCUUUGUUUCAUGAGAAUGAAUUAAAGUGUCCCUUUCUUGAUCAAAAACCAGGACACCCUUUAGCAAAUCAUUAACGAGAAGCAGUAUACUCAAGCACCCCACCCCCUUAGCCUUUUGUGACUUUUAUUGUAAAGUUAUGGGUUUUUUUUUUUUCCUUCUCUGGUAAUGCGGAAUUGGUGAGGCCUCUUAAUUUUCUAAAGAAUUUUGCUCAGUUAGAUCAAGUUUUGGGGAAAAGUUUUGUAGCAGAGUAAAGUUGUACUAUCUGGC